UCAACAAAACUUCGUUCAAAUUUGAUCCAUAGAUUAAACUACUUUCGUAAUAUCAAUACAAAAACAAACAGAGAUCAGCUGAACUGUGACAAUGUUAUGACGUGUGGCAACAUUUUGUGAUCCGUUCAUUCUUUUCAAUCUUUUAACAAUCCCAAGCUAAAAUUACACAUCUGUAUUUGACAGUUGCAUCGUUUUUCCAAAUAAAAUUCAAUAAUUCGUUAUGUCCGUCGAAAAUAAAACACGCGUUCCCAAUUUUUCAAAAUCGGAAACAGAAUUGCUCACAAGCUUGGUGAGACAAUAUAGCCAUAUAUUGGAAAAUAAAAAAAGUGAUAUGACAAAUAAUCAGCUGAAGGAGCAAACUUGGUCAAAGCUGGCCAAAGAAUUCAACAGUUUGUCGUCAUUUGUGUUCAGAAGUGACAAGACUCUUCGCGCAAAGUAUGACAAUAUAAAAAAGAGGGCCAAGACCAAAUAUAGUACGUUUCGGAGAAGUUUGUAUGGAACAGGGGGUGGACCAUCCGCUGAAAUUAAUUUCAGUCAAGAAGAGGAAGUGGUAAUGGAGUUAUCUGGGACUAGUGUGAUGGGAUUACCAUCUCGCAAUGACUGUGAUGAGAUAGUAAUAACAAAGGAAACAAAGGAAAAAUAUGCCGAGACCAGCCAAGACACAGCACUUCCGGCAAAAAAUAAUCAAAAUAUACUGAUUGAUGAAAAAAUUAUUGAAUCAGAAACCCCAAAGAGCAGUAAUUUUCUAUUAAAGAGAAAAAUAUCUACACCCCUCACCAAAAAGAAUCCAGAAGUGUUCAAUAAAACAAUGAACAAUUAUAGUGCCUUGGCCAAUAAAAAAAUUAAAUUACUGGACGCACAAAUUGACAAUUUAAAUAAAAAACAAGAACAAGAAGUAAAGGAGCAUGAACUGAGAUGUACACUUCUACAAUUAGAAAUUGACAUUAAAAAAAAAGUACUCGAUAGUUUUAAUUAAUUGAUAAAAUGCGUUGUAAUUAAAUAUAUAUGUAAUUGUAAAUUGUUGUAACUGUGUAAUUAAAUGUAAUAAAAAAGA